GUCAAAUACACAUCAGACAAUCGCAUACAAAUCUAGGUCCUUCACAUGGCCAUCCAUGACAUUUGUUGACACAGGAAGCUUCACGCAUCAUAUCGCCACCCCAGCCGCGAAACCCUAGUGGCCAGUUUCCAGGCUCCAACCCAACCUGUCCGCAGAUUGAAGGUGCCCGAAGGACCAUGAUAGGCAAAGUGGCUCUGGCUUGAAACAACUCCCCUUGUUGCUACGAAAACCGUGGCCUCCCUCAUCCAAUUUGCUCAGAAGUGGCGGGGUGCUGAGUGCUGCCCCUUACUUGACACACUCGUCCAACGAACCAGGAAGUGGUGUAUAAUCUGUCUGUCCAGAGCGCGUUGACUGCAUGCUAUUGCUAUACCUAUCUAUCCCAAUAUUGUAAGAGAAGCACAGGAAAACUCACUGGGGCGUUGGGCGCAUUGUUUGGGACUUCAAAUCCCUGCACUUGAAUGCAGUAAUGAGAGUGGUAACACCAGGGUAUCACGGCUGGACCGAGCGAUCCCAUUCUUCUGGAUCUGUGUAUAGACCAUUACGUAGCCAGCUGAUUCCAACAGCUUGUCGUGCAUUUGUGAUAACUGGAUAAACCUCGUCUGACUUCAAUCAUAUCCAAUUAGAGAAUUAGAGGGAGCAUUGGGCAUCGGAUGAGACAAAGUCUGGUUAACAACUGGCAGACCGUCGACAAAUCAAGAAGAGGAUAAACUAAUCGAGUUCAACAUCCAUCCCAUCCCAUAAUAAAAAUAAAUUAAAUAAUAAUAAACUCUCUCGUAUUUAUUGCCGGAGACUUUAGAGUUAAAAGCGGCGAGGGAACACUGCCCGAAACAGGCACCAAAUUUCUCGUUCUGCCCGGCUAAAUUAAAACUCCCGUGGCUUUGGACCUCGGGACUUUGGUGGCUGCAACAACCUGCACAAGCCGCGAAUGUGGGGAAGAACAUGUCUGCGAAUGCUUCAAAAACGAGCGCGUUGGCGGAGGAAUAAUAAUAAUGGACCAGAGCUGGUAUCUUGAUCCUUCAUAAUACCCAUACUGACCUACAGUUGACAAUACGUUCCCUGCAUUGCCUUCCCUGGCCAUAUUUACUCCGUACUCCCUCCAUCCUCCGUCAUCCACGAUGUCUUCCGCCGCUAAACGCCGCCUUCAAGCCGUCAGCCAGCAACUGACUCAAGGUGUCCCAGAUGUCGGCACCUUUGAGAACAUCCCUCGAAUUCGUGAAGUUGCUCCAGACUCCGUAGGACCGAGAGUCCAGGGAAAGGUUGUCAUUGUAACGGGAGCAAACUCCCCCAUCGGCAUCGGUCGAGCCAGCUCCCAUCAAUUCGCCCGUAAUGGCGCAAAGGCAGUCUUCCUUUGCGACUUCUCCGAUUCAUUCCUUGCCGUGCACAAACGGGAGCUCGAAUCGCUCUACCCAGGCGUGGACAUCCAUACCCGGCAAUUUGAUGCCGGAAACGAGGAGAAAGUCAAAGCCGUUGUCGACGAGGCCCUCGAGAAAUACGGCCGGUUGGACGUCAUGUUCGCGAACGCAGGAAUAGUUGGACAGCCCAAGAUAUUCACGGAAAUUACAGGAGAGGAAUUCAUGCAGGUCAUGGACACGAAUGCGAAAGGUCCCUUCCUCGCCGCCAAAUACGCCGCACCAGCCAUGCAAAAAACCUCCGCCUCCAAACCCUACCCAUCCGGAAGCAUAAUCAUGACCGCGUCCGUCGCCGGCCUCCGCUCCAACGCCGGCUCAACCGACUACUCCGCCAGCAAAGCCGCCGUAGUCUCACUAGCGCAGACCUGCGCCUACCAGCUAACCGGCACGGGGGUGCGCAUCAACGCCAUCUGCCCCGGUCUGAUUGCCACGGGCAUGACGAAGCAGGUAUAUGACAUGGCAGAGGCGCGCGGCACGCAGCAUAAGAUUGGCCAGCUGAAUCCGCUGCAGAGGGGCGCGAUCCCGGAUGAGGUGGCGCGGGUUGCGCUGUUUUUGGGCAGUGAUGAGAGUAGCUAUGUGAAUGGGCAGGCAUGGGCGGUUUGUGGUGGGUUGAGUGCUGGGCAUCCGUACGUGCCGAAUAAGAUGAGCUGAAGGGGGUGAAAGAGGGACUGUUUUCCUGUUUGGGAUUUUUUUUUUCUUUUUUUUUUUUUCCCGGAUUAGGUUCUCAGUCUGGGGCGGUUUGGGAUUUUUCUUUUGCGAGGGAAUUGAUAGAUACAUACUGUUUUGUUUCUUACGUACUGUCAAAUGUGCUAUAGAGUGAUGCAUGGAUACCUAAUGAUGAAUAUCCUAUUACAUCCCGUACUUGCUCUAAAUUUCCAACCUUGAUAAGGUCUCUGUAUCUACUUGACUACUGAUGGAGAGAUAUCUUAUCCGCGGGAGCAUUUUUUACUAUACUCCUACACACACCUUUCUCCUUCCACCAUGACGAGGUAACCACGUACCCAUUGAUAUUCAC